AUGAUCAUCUGUCCACGCCUCCCACUUGAACUCCUUUACUUAGUCGUUCACAAGAGCGAUAGGCGUACGCUCGCAGUGCUCUUGCGGACCUCAAGAGCGCUUUCUCGUGAGGCGAAGCCGUUGUUCUUUGCGAGCAUUUCCAUCGCAUCGACAGCGACGCUCGCCUCCCUCCUGCGAGCGCAUGCCCAUGGCCGACUGCAACCAUCAUGGCCUCGUCGACUCCAUCUCAUUUAUCCCCCAGCUCAGCUUCCCUCGUUUGCCAACGUGACAAGCGUUCGGUGGACUUUCUCCCCCUUCAAUGCCCGCACCUUUCUGCCUUAUACGCUCCGAGACGCCUUGUCCUCUUUUCCAUCACUCGUCGCAUUAGCUCUUCACGAAGGUCCACGCACCUCGCACGAGCUCAGCGUCGUGCUCUCUCUAGUCGCACAUACACUACAAACGCUAGAGCUGGCCUUCUGCGCGUCCUUCGCUGUCAGCCCAUCGACAAUUGCGGUGCAGUUUCCUGCAUUGCGCGACCUUCUCUUUGCAGAUGGACACGCUUGUGAUGUUGGCGCACUUUUCAUGACGUUCGGAGCAAUUCCUCCCAUUGAGGUCCUUCGCAUACCGGCCUUUUGCUCCUGGGAAACACUGCGAGACAUUCUGCGGCUAGUCGCGCCUACUCUCCGCACUCUCGACGUCGACGUUAUGACGUCGGUAGAGAUGUACACGAACAUGUAUGCGCCUUGUUCUGCGAAGGGGAUGGACCGUCGGAUGUGGAUUGGUCAAGGUGGUGCCGCCUCGCUUUAG